AUGUCUCUCUUGGAUUGUUUCUGCACUUCACGAACACAAGUUGAAUCACUCCGACCUGAAAAACAGUCUGAAACCAGCACCCAUCAAAACUCGGUUGAUGAGCCAACCCUUUCCUUGUUGCCUCCAUCCACUAGAGCCAGUGAAGUGAUCUGUUCCACCAACGUUUCUCACUAUGAACUCCAAGUGGAAAUAGAAAGAGGAUUUGACAACUUGAUGUCUGUCCAUCUUGCACGGCAUACUCCUACAGGAACACUGGUCACUGUAAAAAUUACAAAUCUAGAAAACUGCACUGAAGAAUGCCUGAAAGCUUUACAGAAAGCAGUGAUUCUAUCCCUUUUCCGGCAUCCCAAUAUUACAACUUGCUGGACUGUUUUCACUGUUGGCAGCUUACUUUGGGUUAUUUCUCCUUUUAUGGCCUAUGGUUCAGCAAGUCAACUCUUGAGGACUUACUUUCCUGAAGGAAUGAGUGAAACUUUAAUAAGAAACAUUCUCUUUGGAGCAGUGAGAGGGUUGAACUGUCUGCAUCAAAAUGGCUGUAUUCACAGGAGUAUUAAAGCCAGCCAUAUCCUCAUUCCUGGUGAUGGCCUAGUGACCCUCUCUGGCCUGUCCCAUCUGCAUAGUUUGGUUAAGCACGGACAGAUGCAUAGGGCUGGGUAUGAUUUCCCACAGUUCAGCAUAUCAGUGCAGCUGUGGCUGAGUCCAGAACUACUGAGACAGGAUUUACAUAGAUAUAAUGUAAAGUCAGAUAUUUACAGCGUUGGGAUUACAGCAUGUGAAGUGGCCAGUGGGCAGGUACCUUUCCAGGACAUGCACAGGACUCAGAUGUUGUUACAGAAACUGAAAGGUCCUCCUUAUAGCCCAUUGGAUAUCAGUAUUUUCCCUCAGUCAGAACCCAGAAUGAAAAAUUCCCGAUCAGGUGUAGACUCUGGGAUUGAAGAAAGUGUACAUGUCUCCAGUGGAACUCGCACAGUAAACAGUGACAGAUUGCAAACACCGCCCUCAAAAACAUUCUCUCCUGCCUUCCUUAGCUUGGUACAGCUCUGUCAGCAAGAUCCUGGGAAAAGGCCAUCAGCAAGCAGUUUAUUAUCCCAUGUUUUCUUCAGACAGACGAAGGAAGAAAGCCAGAGUUCAAUACUUUCACUGUUGCCUCCUGCUUGUCACAGGCCAUCAACAGCACCACCUCCAGUGUCACCUUGGAAUGAGCCAGAAUGGGAUUUUCCUGAUGAAAAAUAUUCAAACUGGGAAUUCUAGGGCUGCCAAACCCUUUUAUGUCCUAUAUACUUGACACUUUCUCCCUGCUGCUUUUUCUUCUGUAUUGCUAGGUACAAAUACUAGAAUUAUACUUGAAAAUACAGUUGGUGCACUGGAGAAUCUGUCAUUUAAAACCACUCUGUUCAAAGGAGCAUGAGGUUAUAGCCUGUUUGGUUAGCUCAGAGUGCUAUUAUAACUCCAGGGAAACUUUGGAAUUAUUAAUCUAACUACAUUUAGCGUCAUCUGUUCUCAAAAUUUUUUCCCAAGCUGUGACUAACUCUUCUUUUUGAUCUCU